AUGAGAGAAUUGAAAAUCGAAAAGCUUGUUCUCAACAUUUCUGUUGGUGAAUCAGGUGAUAGAUUAACCAGAGCUUCAAAAGUUUUAGAACAAUUAUCUGGUCAAACCCCAGUUCAAUCAAAAGCUAGAUACACUGUCCGUACUUUCGGUAUCAGAAGAAAUGAAAAAAUUGCUGUCCACGUUACUGUCAGAGGUCCAAAAGCUGAAGAAAUUUUAGAAAGAGGUUUAAAAGUUAAAGAAUAUCAAUUAAGAAACAAAAACUUCUCUGAAACUGGUAACUUUGGUUUCGGUGUUGAUGAACAUAUUGAUUUAGGUAUCAAAUAUGAUCCAGCUAUCGGUAUUUACGGUAUGGAUUUCUACGUUGUUAUGGGUAGACCAGGUAACAGAAUCUCAAGAAGAAAACACAAAAACGCUGUUGUUGGUAACGCUCACAGAACUACUAAAGAAGACUCUGUCCAAUGGUUCAAACAAAAAUACGAUGCUGAAGUUUUAAACAAAUAG